AUGGCACUAUGGAACGGUCUCAGCCAGGCUGCCACCGUCGCACAGCUGGCUGGAGUCGACGCUGGUGGCCUCAUCACCAUGAUUGUCCAGGCAGUGCAAACUGUUCGCCGGAACAGGGAGGAGUGCCAACACCUCAUGCACCAUGUCAUGAUGAUCGGAGAUCUCCUACAAAUGCUUCAGCAGUCAGAGACGAUGCAGCGCCCAGAGAUCCGGAGACCGCUGGACGGAUUGGAAGACACACUCCGGCAGGCGUACACGCUAGUCGUGUCCUGCCAGCAGAGCAACACCAUGUAUCGCUUCCUCAUGGCAGGAACGCAAGCUCAGAAGUUCCGUGACAUCCGAGAUAGAAUUGAUUCAUAUCUCCGGCUCUACCCUUUGGUCAGCCACAUCGACACAAGAGAGUUCAUAACUAGACUUUACAGCCGUGCACAUCCUUCCCAACCACAGGCUUCAGAAGAGGCGCUGAGUCAUCUGGGAGCCAUGUCAACCCUGACUCCCGGCUAUGACAAUGCUGAAGUGUUGCCAAAUACGAGGCAUCGGUUUAGGUGGCCUUUUCAUUGGGCUCGAAGGGAGACAACGACGCUUGAAUACCUCCAGAGGCUCCUUGGUCAUGAACAAGCAGGAGGGCUUACGGCUUUCAAGUUCUCCGAGCUGGCUAGAUCUACAAAUAAUUUCUCAUCUAACAAUAUAAUUGGAAGUGGUGGUUUUGGUAAUGUUUACAAGGGCAUAUUGCCAAGUGGGGUUUGUGUUGCAGUAAAAACCCUAAGUAAACAUUCCAAUCAGGGCACACGUGAGUUUGAAAAUGAGGUUUAUAUUAUCUCAAGACUCCAGCAUGCAAAUAUAGUUAAACUUCUGGGAUGCUGCAUUGAAGGGGACAAUCGAAUUUUAGUCUAUGAAUAUAUGGCAAGAGGAAAUUUACACUAUAUAAUUCAUGAGCUGAGAGCUGGUGUCUCGCUUGCCUGGCCUAUACGAUUUAGGAUAGUUGAAGGUAUUGUCCAAGGUGCUUGUUAUCUACACCAACACUCCCGACUACGAGUAAUUCAUGGGGAUCUAAAACCAAAGAAUAUUCUCUUGGAUUGUGAUAUGACCCCUAGGAUUGGUGAUUUUGGAUUGUCUGUAGUCUUAAGUUCAGAUGAAGAUGAGCAAGAGACUAUGCCAGCCGGGACUCUUGGUUACGUGGACCCUGUGUUUAUGCACACAGGCAUUAUCUCAAUCAAGAGUGAUGUGUAUGUCUUUGGUGUCAAUUUUCUCGAGAUAAUCACUGCACAACAUGCUACGAUAGAAACCCCCUUGCCUGUUUAUGCUUGGGAUUUAUGGUCUUCCGGAAGAGCAAUGGAACUGAUAGAUUUAUGGUCUUCACUGCACGAUGAGCCCCAAAUGAACUCUAUACUUCGAUGCAUUCAGAUAGCACUGCUGUGUGUUCAACGGAACUGGGCAGACAGGCCCACCAUGGCAGAUGUUCUGUUGAUGCUGAAAUGUGAGACUAUGACCUUACCUGUCCCUGGGCCUCCUGCAGCACAUACAUCAGGGCCAGUAUUAUCGGGUGGAUCAGCAAAUACCAGUGGAACAGCAAGCAGUACAACCUAUGCAAGUGCAGAGUCUGACGACUGA